CCUGCUCGGAUUUGCCUUUAUUAGUGUCAUCGUACAACUCCCGUGGGUGGCUCAGCGAAAUGUGUUUCGUUUUUUUCUAAUUCUAUCAGAAACUAAAAGCGUUUGACGGCCACUCCUUUCAAGGGUAGUGAUAUUAAAACCUUGAUUCGCCGACUUCAGAUGCAAAUGGGAAAGAAAUAUCCAGCAUUCUAAGUUACCGCUGACAAAUGGAGAAUGGCUUGGAGAAUGAAUGAAAGAACCUGAAUGAACUGAUCGUGGAUAUGGAUCUGACUAUUUCUUCCCAGAGCAGUGCUAUUUACAGCUGGAUAUUACAGAUAGCCGUGUUAUUCUGCCUUAAGAGGCUUAUUGUGGGCGAUGUCUACGAGACGAUUUACUGGAGUCCACAAAACCCCAAGUUUGCCUUAUCUGAAGAUAAUCUAGCAAGUGGCAAGACAUAUUAUGAAAUAGCAGUGAUCCCAAUGUCAUAUUUCAAUGUUCUGUGUCCAAACUUAAUCCAAAUAGAGCGACAGCUGAAACAUAUCCCAUCAAAGGAAAGACUGUUUGAAAACCUUUGGCUUGUAGAUGAAAAUGGUUUUAAAAACUGUUCAGCUAACCCAAGCAAAGGGGGUAACAGACUAUUACAUCAGUGUAUUCCCAACAAACCCUUGGAACUACAGUAUUAUCAGCUCCAGUUUAUGCGACAGAGUGCUAUACCUGGCCAAGUCAUUGAGAUAGAAGAAGGGCAAACAUAUUACUUUAUAGCUACCUCUGAUGGAAGUAGGGAGUCACUAAACAAGACAUCAGGAGGCAACUGCUUUGAUGCUGACAAGAAAGUGGCUAUGCGAAUGGCUGUUUAUGUCUGCUAUACAGAUUUCACAGAUCCUAAAUGUCUCAGCAACAACUCUGAGAAGAACAUUGAUGAUGCAAACGAACACUUUAACCGGACUAUAGUUAUUGCAAAGUCCCAGCAAGUCGGUCCUGAUAAGCUCUGGCACAUUCUGGCUAUUGCUCUUGCUGUGGCUUUCGCUGUUUCCUUCUUGGUUAAUUGUAUCUUCUUGGUGGUUGUGUGCAGCCUUCGUAAUGGUCAAAGUCGAUCGUCUUGCAACGAAAACUCGUACCCGGAUGAGGAACCUCUGAAAAGCGUCGCGGAUAGCAAAAAGAGACCGCACUUUCGUCAGUCAGCGGCACUUUGAUCCUACACACUACACAUUGUAGCUACGGGAUCGCUCGCAAAGAAUGCAAGGCCUACAAGCAAGUACACCUUAGAUGGAAGUAGCCUGCGUUGCAAGCUUUUCUGUGAAGUUCCAACGGAAGAAUGGGGAGAGAGCGCUUGCAAGCAUUCGUAGUAUUUCUCAGAUACGCCUCCAAUUGACAAACCUUGACAAACGUGUAUAAUUCAAAACAGCUGUCAAAAUUAGCUCCCUCCAAAACCUCCCUCUAAACUCAUUUUGGGUCCGUUGCAGGGUUUGCAGAUUAUAGAUGGGCGAAAUGAAAAGUGCUUUAAUUGGUUUGAAUGAAAAUGAUCGCAGACUCAUCGCUGUCAGUCAAAAAGACAAUGGGUACCGGCAAGCGUUUCAUUCUUCCCCCUCCCCCUUCUUUUUUUUGCGCUCGUCCCAUUCUUCGCGCAAAGCUUGCUACGUAGGCUAGGAUGGAAGCCAAGGGAAUAUUGUGUUAGCAUAGGACUAUCUCAUCAUGAUUAGUCUUGAGUUGUACAUUUUUUCGUCUAUGCCAUCGGGUCAAGAUGUGAAAGUAUUGUGUCUGAGUGUUCGGAUAAAUGAACACAAUAUAAUAUGAGGAAUUUUGAUAUUUAAAAAGCUGGUUCUCAUUGAGGACUUUGGCCCCCAAGGUAGAAGCACAGUUUACGAAUGCUCUAGGUUACAUUUGUAGCGCGGCAUAGCCAGGAUUUUUAACAGGAGAGGGCCCAAAAGGAAAUUUCAAGGCAUUUUCUUCUGUAUUUUAGAUAAUGUCUCAUACAUUUACUGUAUUUUUGGCUGCUAAAAGGGAGGGGGGGGGGCGGGCCACCCCCUGGCUGCGCCCCUGAUUUGUUCUCAAAGUGUCAAUAUCUUAAGUACUCAGAUAUUCGCUUGCAGGGUCUGUUACGUUCGGGUUGGGAAGCGCUUAUUUAAAGCUCUCAAUCAUCAGUUAUAUUUAAUCUUAGAAGUGACCCAGAUAAUAGAUAUAAGCAAACCGUGCUUUGAUGUGUUACUAUGUGCUUCAUGAGGGCAUCUAGCACAAUUUAUUGCUCCUGCUAAUACUCUGUAUAUUGGGCCCACAUGGUUACGCGGAAUACCUUCCCGCCUCUAUCCCGGGGGGGGGGGGGGGGGUGCUUCCCAUGUCGACCUGAUAGGGAUGCUCGUCGUAUUUUUAGGGGUCAAAAUUUUUUAGGGGGUAUCCGAUAGAAAAUAGGCUUUUCUCUUAGAAUUGGUAUUUUUCAGGGCCUCUGGGGUAUUUUUUAGUUUAGCAAUUUCUGAAGAACCCCCCCCCCCCCGGGGGGGCCUCUACCCCUCACAGGGGUACUAGCAGAAUGUCUUUCGUGUGCUAGAUGCCCUCCGUAAGAAUGGCUUGACUUCAUAUUUGCCUUAGGGAACCCGCGGCCAUUUAUAAUUCAUUGAUAAAUUUCUGCACCAGAUAUAAAACGGUCUGAGCAGUAUAAAAGAGAAUUUACAGAAAGCUGUUAUUCAAAAUCAUAAAUCAGAUUAAAAUGUUAGAUGUAGAAGUGAUAUUCAGUAAUGUCCUUUUUUUUUGUUGACUUGCUAUUAAAAAGACCAAGCCAUCUCUGAAAGCAA